GCGUAAACGUGUCCAACAGUCAAAAUACUGACCUUUCAUUCUCCCCGAGUUAAACGACAAAGUCUAGAUUUAAUCUCGGUCACCAAGACAGGAAGAUUUUUCACCACAAGUAAAGUUUUAUUGCAGGUGAAUCUUCCUCUAUCUUGGGAUAGCCGACACAAGUAAUGGCAGAUUUGAAAUAAAUUCUUAAACGACUCUUCCUCGCUGCAAAUCAGAGAGAAACACAAACAGAGCCCUGGAAGUACACACGUUCCUUUCUUGUUGAUAUCGUAAUCAUAAGAAAAAAUCAGCGAAUCGAAUCUAUUCUGCAUAGGCAUAGACCGACACGAACAGGAAUACAUACUUCAAUUGUUUGAUGCUUUAGAAAGUAAGCCUCUCAGCCCAUACUUGCUUAGAUUGUUUUGAUCUGAUAAGAAAGGGUGGAAAAGGAAUUGCGUGGCUCUGGUGGUGUGAAAUUGAGAUUGAAGUUCCCUUCCUAACGAUGGGAUCGUCGAUGGGAUGGGAUAGCAAUGGCAACAAUUACUGGAUCUGGGACGCCAUUUUUGUGCCCCGCGUAAUGGGUGGGCUCAUGCUCACUGCAGCUUUGCUGGGGUUUUCUACUGGCUAUUUAGGGCCAUUCUUACCUGUUCUGCCGCCCAUGCGGCCCUCUUCGUUUGGGCUUUUUCCUAAGAGGAAGGGCGAAGGAGAGAAGAAGAAUAAGAAGGUUAGGGUUUACAUGGACGGAUGCUUCGAUUUGAUGCACUACGGCCACGCCAAUGCUCUUCGCCAGGCUCGCGCGCUUGGUGAUGAAUUGGUUGUCGGUGUGGUCAGUGACGAGGAGAUUGUUGCCAAUAAAGGCCCGCCCGUUUGGACCAUGGAGGAAAGGAUGGUAAUGGUCAGUGGUAUAAAGUGGGUUGAUGAGGUUAUAGCCAAUGCUCCAUAUGCAAUUAAUGAGGGUUUUAUGAACAAAUUGUUUGACGAGUAUAACAUUGACUAUAUUAUACAUGGAGAUGAUCCUUGUCUACUCCCUGAUGGGAGUGAUGCAUAUGCCCUUGCCAAGAAGGCUGGACGUUACAAGCAGAUAAAGCGUACUGAGGGUGUCUCUAGUACUGAUAUUGUUGGCCGGAUGCUGCUUUGUGUGAGGGACAGGCCAAACAGUGAUAAUUACAGUCACGCUUCUUUGCAGCGACAGUUUAGCCAUGGUCAUGAUCACAAUGAUGAAGGUGGGGGUACUUCUAGUGGAACGCGGGUUUCUCAUUUUCUUCCUACUUCUCGCAGGAUUGUGCAAUUUUCAAAUGGAAAGGGUCCUGGACCAAAUGCACGAAUAGUCUAUAUUGAUGGUGCAUUUGAUCUUUUUCAUGCUGGACAUGUAGAGAUACUAAAAUGUGCAAGAAAGUUGGGAGACUUCUUGCUUGUUGGCAUUCACACAGAUCAAACUGUUAGUAAAAACAGAGGACCUCAUCAUCCUAUCAUGCAUCUCCAUGAGCGCAGUCUUAGUGUGUUGUCAUGUCGAUAUGUGGAUGAAGUUAUUAUUGGUGCACCAUGUGAGGUCACUAAAGAUAUGAUUACGACAUUCGAUAUUUCGAUAGUUGUUCAUGGAACUGUUGCUGAAAGCAAUUAUUUGUCACAUGGAGAUGCUGACCCAUAUAAAGCUCCCAAGGCCAUGGGAAUUUUUAAGAUUAUAGAGAGUCCUAGAGACAUAACAACAUCAUCAAUUAUUAAAAGGAUUGUUGCUAACCAUGAAGCCUACAAGAAGCGAAACGAGAAGAAAGUUGAAAGUGAGAAGAAAUAUUAUGAAGACAAAACAUAUGUUGGCAGUGAUUAAGUAUUGUUUGUCAUCAACCUAGCUCAUUCAUAUAUUAUUGUGUGCUACUGGCACGGCUUAUAACCUUUUGCCCAUUUGUUUUACACCUUCAGUAGUGAAACAUUUUGGGGCCAUGAGUUCUUUUUAAGUUUGGUCUGCAUAGUAACUAGGUUAUAUGCAAAAUUUUCCUAUUAACCCAGAAGAAUCAGCGGUUACUAUUCUUAGUCAAAAUUUGGUGGAUCUCAAUCUUUGUCUUGAAGAAGCUCCGCAUGAUUUUUAAGCAUUGGGGCUCCCAAGUCCUUACUGUAUGGAAUAGUUGUAGUUGGCAUUGUAUUUAUUAUUGUAUUUUACUUACUUUCGGAAUAGCUUUGCAGAGUUGAAAGUUUAUUUUGUAUCA